UAGCUAUUACUUUGUUGUGUCAUGAAAAAGACCCUGUACGCCAAGCCGUACCCUGCCAAGCCCGAUGCGGAUCGCCGGCACGGAUGCUCUGGAAGUCUUAACUGCUCGCAGCGGAUCUUGUACAGUACGAUUGCUCAAAAAGACCGCAAGGCUCGCUUUCCAUACAGUAUUCAAAAAGAAAGUACAGUGGAGCCCCUCGACGCCCGAUAAGCCUCAGCAUGACUGGUCGCCCAUCACACAAAAAAACCCUUCAGGGUCCCGAGCACCCGACUCGACGUGCCGGGAUAGCCGAGAAUUGCCCGUAGUAGACCAGGAAGCAUAUAAACUGCAGUCCUCAGCUUGACUCCCUACACCCGACCCUUCCUGUGGCUUCUCAUCCGGCAUUUCCCACUCCAAACUCCUCAAGCCCACAUCCAAACCAUGCACCUCCUCAGGAUCGGCGCCCUCCUCGCCCUCGCGCAGACCCUCAGCGCGGCGGAGAUCAAGAUCCGGACGACCAACCCGCCGGCCAACUCGUACGUGUCGCACUGCUCGGUGAUCCUCGAGGACGAGCUGUUCGGCUGCAAGGGCUCGUCGAAGCCGUUCAAGAAGUCGUGCGGCCGCAACACGGGCGUCCAGACCAAGUCCAUCUGCGGCGACGCCUCGGUCACCGUGGACUGGUACAGCGCCGUGCUGACCUUCGAGAGCGCCGACGGCCGCACCGCCAACUGCACGCUGAGCUCCACCGAGACCGAGGGCCAUUGCAACACCGACGAUCCGGACGCCUUCCCCGUGGAGCAUAACGGGGCCGGGCGGUUGUUGGCGCCGCACACUGUGUUUUUGGGGGUGGCGCCCGUUGUUGCGGGGUUGUUGCUUUGAGUGAGGUGUUCAACCCGGGGUAUUGUUUUGGUGGGAUGCUAAAGGGCUCUGUACAACGGCAACUGAAGCGUCUGCGGGAAAGUCAGGAAAUUCUCAUCAAGGACAGGACCAGGUGUGGGGUGUGACUCAAGCCACGACAGCACUACCAGCUUUGCUGCU